UGUUUCCUGACAGAGGCAGGCUGGCUUGAAUUGGAGAGGGCUUCAGCCCAGAGGGAGGCCUUCCUUCCUUCCUGGCUCACCCACUCGCUCGCCGGGGCCGGUCCUUAGCGCCCCCUAGAGGCCGGCCCCGCCUCCCUUCCCCUCCUCCCUCCGAGGCGUGCGCGGCGAAGGCGGCGCUUGGCCCAGGAGGCCCGCCUCGGAGGCAUGGCCGAGCCCUGCGGCAGCACAGGGGCGGGGAGUCGGUGGCCGCUGUGGCUCUUCCAGGCGCGCUCGGCGGCGGGAGUGUGCUCCCUGCGCCUCCGCCAACGGUGUUUCGUGCCGCUGGGCCCCUCGGCCGCGCUCGCCAUGCGGGACUACGACGACAUGGUGGCCUUCCUGGGCGAGUGGGGCCCCUUCCAGCGGCUGGUCUUCUUCCUGCUCAGCGCCAGCAUCAUCCCCAACGGCUUCAACGGCCUCUCCGCCGUCUUCCUGGCCGGCAUCCCCGAGCACCGCUGCCACAUCCCGGCGGGGGCCAACCUGAGCGCGGCGUGGCUCAACGCGAGCGUCCCGCUGGAGGAGCGUGGCGGGAAGGUGGUGGCCCAGCGGUGCCGGCGCUACAGCCUCCGCGCCCUCAGCAACCUCUCCGCCCAGGGGCUGCUCCCGGGAGACGUGGACCUGGCCGCCCUCGAGCAGGAGCCCUGCCUCGACGGCUGGGACUACAGCACCGAGCCCUACCUUUCCACCAUCGUCAGCCAGUGGGAUCUUGUCUGUGAGAACGACUGGAAAACACCUCUAACUACCUCUUUGUUUUUUGUGGGUGUACUGUUUGGAUCCUUUGUAUCUGGACAGAUGUCAGACAGAUUUGGUAGGAAGAAUGUUCUGUUUGCAACCAUGGGAGUCCAGACUGGCUUUGGCAUCAUCCAGGUCUUCUCAACAAGUUGGGAGAUGUUUUCAGUCCUCUUUGUCAUUGUUGGAAUGGGGCAGAUCUCUAAUUAUGUGGCAGCAUUUGUACUAGGCACAGAAAUUCUCGGCAGCUCAAUCCGUAUUAUAUACUGCACUUUAGGUGUUUGUCUGUUUUAUGCCUUGGGCUACAUGUUGCUGCCACUGACUGCUUACUUCCUCCGAGAUUGGCGGAUGCUGCUCUUGGCCCUUACCUUGCCGGGGCUGCUGUACAUUCCUCUGUGGUGGUUCAUCCCUGAAUCCCCUCGAUGGCUGCUCUCUCAAGGAAGGCUUGAGGAAGCAGAAAACAUUAUUCGGAAGGCUGCCCAAAAGAAUGGUGUUACAGCUCCAGAAGUAAUAUUUGAUCCCUCUGAGUUACAAGACUUGACAACCCGGGACCAACAAACAUACAGCAUUUUGGACCUGGUGAAGAGUCAGAAUAUCCGCUGUAUCACUAUUAUGUGUGUAAUUUUAUGGAUGGUCAUUGCCAUAGGAUACUUUGGCCUCUCUUUGGACACUCCUAACUUGCAUGGAGACAUCUAUCUCAAUUGCUUCCUUUCGGCAGUAAUCGAAGUCCCAGCUUAUAUCAUCUCUUGGCUGCUCCUUCAAUAUUUUCCCCGGCGAUAUUCAAUGGCAGCAGUCUUGUUUUUAGGAGGCUGUGUCCUGCUCUUCGUUCAGUUGGUGCCUACAUACCUCGGCAUACUAUCCAUUGUUCUGGUAAUGACUGGAAAGUUUGGGAUCACGGCUGCCUUCUCAAUGGUUUAUGUGUAUACGGCUGAACUGUACCCAACCGUGGUGAGGAACAUGGGAGUUGGUGCCAGUUCCAUGGCCUCCAGAAUUGGAAGCAUCCUAUCACCUUACUUUGUAUAUCUUGGGGCCUAUGACAGGUUUCUUCCCUACAUUUUAAUGGGAAGCUUGACAGUACUUACAGGAAUCCUCACUCUGUUUCUUCCAGAGAGUUUUGGGACACCACUCCCAGAUACCAUAGAUCAAAUGCUAAGGAUUAAAGGAAUUAAAUACAGAAAUACUCCCAAAAGCCAAAAGAAAACAAAGGAAGAAGAAAAUACAAGUUGAAUUUUACCCGAGUGGCCUCUAACUCUAAAAGGCACUGCAAUUAAUCCAUGUGUGUUUGUCUGUCCGUCAGUCCUCUUCACUCGCUGCCUGAAAUGUUUUGAAUAACUUACUAGGUAUGUAAUAAAGGUCUAUUUAAUAUGGAAUUUACUCUGUCAACCAAAAGUUAAUCUGGUGCCUUUUGUCCCAAGUCCAUAUGGUUGCCUUUUGACUAAGCAAAGAGUUCAUUAUUUUAAAUGAGUAUUAUGAAACUAUAAAAACAAGUCUUAUGCCUAAACAAUUGUAUCAAAUCUACUAAGAGACUUUGUCCACUGAACUUGGCAGCCAUCCUGACUGCAUCUAUUUGUUUCCUUUAAAACUCUGAUUUGCACUUGAUAGCAGUUAAAAUAGUUUCUUUAUGGUCUACAAAAAGACAUUUUUUAAAAAAAAUAAUAAACAUAAAGCAACAUGCACUUGCAUUUUUGUUCUUAUAACUUGUGUAAUGCCUUUGGGGAUCUUCAAAGACUAAAUGCAUAAAUAUUUUUAUAGCAAGAAUCGCUAGCGAGCAGACAUUCCUGCAGACAGUGCUGUCUUUAGCCACUCUAAAAUCAUGCUGUUCAAUGUGAAAUCCAUCAUAUUAUUCAUAACAUUUAACAUGGAAAUCAACACCAUGUUCCUCUGGUGCUUCUUCCCAACUUCUUGCUGAUUGCUGAAAUUUCCGGGUUUCAUUGACUUUUACUGUAGAGCUGUCCACUUGAUGAUAAAGAGUGUCAGAGCAGUAAAUACUUUGGUUACUACCUUUAGUAGAAAGCAAUAGUAUAAAUAUUUGGAGAGGAAAUGAUGGGUUACGAGCAUAACUGCAGAUUUCCCAGUUUUGGGGUCAUGAUAGUUUGUCUAAUAUGAAAGGGACCCCUUGGCUGGGGAUAGUGGCUUACCAACUCAAAGAUACUGCACUUAUCUGCAGUAUUUCAAAUGCCUUACAGUGCAGUCCUAUACAUGUCAAUUCAGCAAUAAAUGCCAGCAACUUCUCUUGGACAUAAUUUUAGUGAAUUAUGUCUAAGAUUUCGGCCUUAACGUAUUUAUGUGCCUUCAAGUUGUUUUUUUUACUUUUGGUGAAGCCAUCAGUUUUUCUUAGCAAGAUAGCCUUUGCCUUCCUUUAAGGUUGAAAGAGCAUGAGUUAUUCAAAGACACCCAGUGGGCUUCCAUGGCUGAGCAGGGAUUUGAAUACUAGUCUCAGGAGUCAUAGUCCAGUGCUCAAACUGCUCACUAUACAGCCUACUGUACUGUUAACAAAAACUUUCCACUUUCCCCCACUUUUUCAGAUUUUUUUAAAAAAGGUUUCUACAAGGUCGUACAACAGUUGGUUCGCGGACAUCACAGCCAGGAAAGUUAGAGGAGCUUCAAAAGAGGGUCACAGUGUGAUCUCUUGCAGCCUGGUUGAAAAAGGAGAGAAAAAGAGAAAACAAGGACAAGAAUAUCGCUUCUAGGACACAUGUGUCAUGUUGUGUGCCUAGAAGUAGUAUUGGACUUAUAGCACUUGUUUAUGAAAAGUUGUAUUCUCAUCAAAGAUUUCUGUUUCAAUUUUCACUGUUCAUUUUGAAAGAGCAUAUCCAUUAAAUAUUUUCAGAUUAAUGGAAUAUGAUAUCUGAAAUAAACAAAAUUGUUCCUUCAACAAA